GAAAGCAGGAAUCCCUCAGAGGGCACAGCGCCUUUGCCAUUCCUCGGUCCAGGACAUGCAUCCAGGACAUGCAUCCAGGACAGCAAGAGCGCUUUUGCAUGCAAGUACCAGACCCGUUCUCCUUAAAAACAACCUAGAAUAUCUCCACAGGAUUUUGUUAUGUUUACGGCUGCAGCGAGUAUUCAUUUUUAAGCCCGUCUCGGUGGAACGCGGGGAUUACAUCGGCGCCUUCCCCGGUUCCGCCCCGCCGCGAUGGCGGCUCGCCCGCUCGGGAGGACGCUCGGGAGGACGCUCGGGAGGACGCUCGGGAGGAUGCUCGGGAGGAUGCUCGGGAGGAUGCUCGGGAGGAUGCUCGGGAGGAUGCUCGGGAGCCGCCGCCCGCUGCUCCUGCUCCGCUCGCGGCCGCCGGGCGCCGGCUGCGCGCAGCGGCACAGACAUGGACCCCCUCACUAAACAAGCUGAAGCAGCUGCUGCUACAGACUGGAAAAAAAAAUUGACUCCGGAACAAUUCUACGUAACGCGAGAAAAAGGAACUGAACCGCCAUUCAGUGGGAUCCAUCUGAAUAACACAGAAUCAGGAAUCUACUGCUGUGUGUGCUGCAAUGCUCCCCUCUUCAGCUCAGAGAAGAAGUACAAUUCUGGGACUGGAUGGCCAUCUUUUUCUGAGGCUUAUGGCACUUGUGGCAGAGAUGAAAGUAAUACCAAUAUUGUGAGACGACCAGAUAACUCACUGGGAUCAAGUAGAACUGAAGUCAUCUGCAAACAGUGUGACGCCCAUCUAGGCCACGUGUUUGAUGAUGGACCCACACCUUCUGGGCAGAGGUUCUGUAUCAACAGUGUUUCAUUAAACUUCAAACCAGGCUCUGGUCAGUGAGAAGUGGCUCUCUCUGGCUUGCAGAACAUUCUUUCUCUGCUCGUACAGCAUGCUUCUUAAAAACUCUCUGCUUUUAAUAUAUAACUCAAAUUUUAGUAUUUAUGCUGUAGUAGCUUUGUUUUCCAGCUGCUAUAAUUGUUGAUAAAAUACAUAUUUUUGUUUUCACUCUUUGGCAGUCUGUCUUUUCAUGGUUAGUGUGGUGUGUUGAUCUGCUUAUUUUAUUUUUAAUUAAAAAAAAAAAAAAAAUCUGUGCAAUAGUUCACAUUCACAGCUUUCAUCAUUAACUGUAUUGAGGCUGCUGAAAUGAGGUGCUCUCCUGAACCUGACUGCCUACUCUGAGCAGUAGUUGUGGCACUCAGGAACACAGAUGUACAUGACUGAUCAUGGUAAACUUAUACUUCUAUAAAAUCAUCCUAUCCUUCUAAAGGGAAGUAAAAAUAAUAUGAAUCUUCAAAUAAGGUUUGAGGGGUUUUUUUCCCCCUGAUAUUAGAGAUCCUUAGCUGAGCCAAGUGACUUUUCUGUGAACCCAUAAAAGAAAAGUCCUGAAGGAGGACCUAAUUAAAACUGUUUCAGGCAAUGGAACCAGUGGAGACAUGAAGUCUUUCUUCUUUUAAAUCAAUUAUUUUGAUUCUGUAUCCAAUAGCAAAGUUGAAAUAGGGUUUUAUCCAGAAACUUCUCUUACAGCAACUGUAUGAUAAUAGUGUAAUGAUAUGUGUAGUAUUUUCAGACAUCUGUUAUCACUUGUGUAUUUCAGAAUCCAAAAAUAAAAAUUAAUAUGGAAUUUACUGUAUUUGGGGGAAAUAAAUCAGAAUUAAAACCCACGCUUGUUGCUUUUGAUGCUUUGUCUGUUCUUGCUUGUACAAGUUUGUAAAUACUUCUGCAUUCUCCCAAGCAUUGUCAUUACAGUUUGCCCUAACAGCAAAAUAAAUAUGACUGUUAAAUUGA